UAGCUUAAAAUUCGGACAACACAUUUAAUGCUUCGGCGAUUUUGUUGUUACAAGAAACGUAAAAUUGUCUGAGCAAAAACAGAUUCCGUAUAUAUUGAGAGCCAAAACAUAUCUCUCUUUCUCUGCUCGUUGACUCUGUAACUCUCUGCUCUAAUGGCGAUGGCCGCACUAACAGCUUCGUCUUCUUCUUCUGCUAUAACUCUCCUCAACAAGCCUUUCUUACCUAACCGAUCUUCUUUCUUCUCCUCUCAUUCACACUCUCCUCUUCUCCGAUUCUCUGCUUCUUCUUCCUCUGUUCGUCCCCGUUUUUCUUCUGCCGCCAUAAGCUCUGUUGCUCCCGAAUCGGACUUAAAUAAAAAUGGAACUCCACAAAUUGAAAUAGAGGAGACUCAAGUGUUUGCGUGUCCUGUUUGCUAUGAACCACUUAUGAGGAAAGGACCUUCAGGUAUCAACCUACAAGCAAUAUACAGGUCUGGAUUCAAGUGUGGACAGUGUAACAAGACAUACUCUAGCAAAGAUGAAUACUUGGAUUUAACUGUCACUGCUGAUUUGGAUGAUUAUAAUGAAGUCAAACCCAUUACUACCGAGCUCUUUCGGAGUCCAUUAGUAUCAUUUUUGUAUGAAAGAGGUUGGCGGCAAAACUUUAAGCGAAGUGGCUUUCCCGGUCCAGAUGAAGAGUUUAGAAUGGCUGAGGAAUACUUCAAAGAAGCAGAAGGUGGGGUUCUUGUGGAUGUUAGUUGCGGAAGCGGUUUGUUUUCUCGGAAAUUUGCAAAGUCCGGGAAAUACUCGGGCGUGAUUGCUCUCGACUACUCUGAAAACAUGCUUCGUCAGUGCAAAGAAUUCAUCAAGAACGAUGAUACUUUCGACAACUCAACUAAUAUAGCGGUCGUGAGGGCAGACGUUUCUCGUCUCCCUUUCCCUUCAGGUUCUGUUGAUGCAGUUCAUGCUGGUGCUGCCUUGCACUGUUGGCCUUCUCCUACAAAUGCUAUUGCUGAGAUCUGUCGUGUUCUAAGAAGCGGAGGUGUCUUUGUUGGGACAACCUUUCUCAGAUACAGUCCUUCGACUCCUUGGAUUAUUCGUCCUUUCCAAUCGAGAAUUCUGCAGAGCUACAAUUACUUGAUGCAGGAUGAGAUCAAGGAUGUGUGCACAUCAUGUGGUCUCACAGAUUAUGAAGAUUAUAUUCAGGAUUCUUUUAUUAUGUUUACUGCUCGCAAGCCAUAGAGAGACCUCUCUCUUCAUGUAACUACAUUUAUAUACACAAUAUACAAAAUAACAGUAAUAAACAAGUUGAUGGAGAGUGAUUUUUGUUUUUGGUGACAAUUGCUGAAAUCAUUCAUAUAUGAGUAGAAACAACUUUCUAUUAUUAAAACUCACAAA